UCUGUCUAGCAGUGCUACUGUAGGACAGAGAUGGCACUGUCCUCGGAGCUGUAUGGCACCCCUGCCUCCAGGCUGGACUCCUUCGUGGCCCAAUGGCUGCAGCCCAACCGGGAGUGGAAAGAAGAGGUGCUGGACGCUGUGCGGACCGUGGAGCAGUUCUUGAGGGCAGAGACCUUCCAGGGGGAAGGUGGGCUGGACCAGGAGGUGCAAGUGCUGAAGGUGGUGAAGGUGGGCUCCUUCGGGAAUGGCACGGUGCUCAGAGGCAACGCGGAGGUGGAGCUGGUGGUGUUUCUGAGCUGCUUCCGCAGCUUCCAGCAGGAGGCCAGGCACCACCAGGCCGUUCUGAGGAUGAUCCGGAAAAAGCUGUGGACUUGCCAGGACUUGCUGGCCCUUGGACUUGAGGUCCUGGGGGUGUCGCAGGGAGUCCCCGAUGAUCUCACCUUCAUCAUCCACACCAGGUGGACCUCGGAGCCCGUCACUGUCACCAUCGUGCCUGCCUACAGGGCCCUGGGGCCUUCUGUUCCCAGCUCUCAGCUACACCCUGAAGUCUACGAGAGGCUGAUUAAAGCCGGUGGUUACCCUGGAGAUUUCUCUCCUUCCUUCUGUGAGCUGCAGAGAAACUUCGUGAAACAUCGGCCAACCAAGCUGAAGAGCUUCUUGCGGCUGGUAAAACACUGGUACCUGCAGUAUGUGAAAGCCAAGUGCCCCAGGGCCAUGCUGCCCCCUCUCUACGCCCUCGAGCUGCUGACCAUCUACGCCUGGGAGAUGGGUACACUGGAGGAUGAGAGUUUCAGGUUGGACGAAGGCCUCGUCACUGUGAUGGAACUCCUGCAGAAGUACCAGUUGCUCUGUAUCUACUGGACCAGUCACUACACGUUUGAGAACCCAAUCAUUGAGGACUGUGUCAGAAAACAGUUCCAAAGAGAGAGGCCCAUCAUCCUGGAUCCGGCUGACCCUACCCACAACGUGGCAGAAGGGUACAGAUGGGACAUAGUUGCUCAGAGGGCCAGCCAAUGCCUGAAGCAGGACUGUUGCUACGACAACCAGGAGAACCCAGUCCCCAGCUGGAAUGUGAUGAGCGCACGAAACAUUGAGGUAAUUGUGGAGCAGUGGGAUUACCCUGACUUGAUCCUCAUCAUGAACCCUCAUGAGACCAUAAGUGACGUCAAGAAGAAGAUCCGGCGGAGGCAGGGCAGCUCUGGCCUGCAGCGUCUGUCCUUCCAGCAGCCCAGCGGCGAGAGGCAGCUCCUCGCCGGCUGCAACUCCCUGGCUGAUUUCGGGAUUUUCUCCGACACUCGCAUCUCUCUGCUGGAGACCAUUGGCUCCGAGAUCCAGGUCUUUGUGAAGAAUCCGAGUGGCGGGAGCCACGCCUAUGCCAUCGACCCCAAGAGCUUCAUCCUGAACCUGAAACAGCAGAUCGAAGACAGGCAGGGGAUCCUCCAAAAUCAGCAACAACUGGAGUUCCAAGGCCAGGUCCUGCAGGAUUGGUUGGCUUUUGGGAGCUAUGGUAUUGAGGACAAUGACACCCUCUUCCUCUCCAAGAAGAAUGUCAGAAAGGUUCCAUUUGUACGCAUCUAGUUCCUUCUGGGAAACCUCUCUGUGCGGUUCUGCCUUCUCAUCCAGGACUCAUCCUAUCAGUCCCUCCUUCCAGUUCUCUGCUGGGGAGGUGUCAUGUCUUCACCACUUUUGUAAGGAGUUGGCCUAGCCCUCCCUGCCAGGGGAGGAAGGAGAAAGGGUGUGAAAGAUUAAAUAGGCAAAUGACCAGACCACAUAUGACAACAGAAUUCUGACUCACAACCUCUAUAGCCACCAGUUUCGGAAGCCAAACCACCACCUGUUCAUCAAUCAACCCAAAACUGUCAGGACUUGAUCAAUAAUUGCCAGCUUCCCUAAUAUUCCCCCCACCCCGCCCCUUCCAACUCAGGACCAACCAGAGAAAGCCAAAUAAGCUCUCUAGCAAUCACACAGGAUGAAGUCCUGCCUCCAGACAGCCCGCCUCCAGCGUCCCUAUGCCACCAACUUCAAUCAAGGUGCACACCUGAGGCCUUCUCGACUUUCCACUGGAAAGUUUUCCCAUUGCCUGUCUUCGAGUCUCUGCCAAAUGCAGGGGAUGUUGUUUGACUCCCUUGCUAUGUAGCAAGUGGGGAAUAAAUAAAGUUUGUUCACUCUC